GGGGGGUGAGUCUAGCCGCCGCCGCCCGCGAGCGCCACUUCAGGAACCGCGCCUGAGCCGCGCCGGGCGCACCAUGGCUCGUCGGGCUCUCGUCGCGCUGCUGCUGUUCGGCCUGCUGCACACUCUGGUGUCCGCCCAGGAUGAUUUCAGUUUAUUGGAUGCCCUGGAGGAGCCUGACAAGAAGCCCACAGCAACCCCCAAGAAACCCACUUCCGGUGAUGACUUCAAUUUGGAAGACGCACUGGGCGGAGGAGGACACAAUGAUCCAGCGCCCCCCGGCCCGCCGAAGCCAAAACCUAACCCGUACCCCAACCAGCCGGGAUCUUCUGGUGGGAUUUCAGAUGCUGACCUCUUCGACCACACUUCCGGUGGAGGUAGGGUGGGUUACUUGCUCUGUCUCUUUGCUCGUGGAUCAGCUGUGGCUCCCCUGCCCUGCCGGAUGCCCACAGGGUCUAAAGGCUCAGCCCACGGGCCUGUCCUUCGGAAGGAUGCAGCGCAGUGGGAAAUUCCUAGACAUCUCCUACCCAGCCCAUUCCUCUGUGUCUUCUACCAUUAUUUCACGUUGCUCAUGGGCUGUUUCACGUAA